AGUCGCGUCGCGCUCCGAGACGCGUCUUUCACCCUUCCCGUCGCCGAAACGCGUCCCAUCCCGUCAUGACAGACGUGUUCGACGAAACGCCUACCAUCGUCGACGGCGACGUUCUCGAGGCCGCCAAGGAGAACAUCCAGCCUCUCGCCAAAGGCCGGCGCGUCACCGCUCUCGCAGGCAUCCUAUCCACCCCCCAUGCUCAGCGCGAAAGCCGUCUCUCGGCAGCGCGCAACCGGCACCGUAUCAACGUGGAGGUCGCUUUGGAAGACGAAGACGACGAUCCUCUCGAGGCGUACUGUCGUUUCGUUAACUGGACCGUCGAGAACUACCCGCAAGGGCACAGCGCCGAGUCGGGGCUGCUCGAGCUCCUGGAGGAGGCGACGCGUGUUCUGAAGGAUGACCGUGAGAGGAAGUGGCGGGACGACAUCCGGUACCUCAAGCUCUGGGUGCUCUACGCGAACUACGUCGAGAAGCCCGCGAUCAUCUACAAGUUCUGUCUGGUGAACGACAUCGGGACGAGCCACUCACUGCUGUACGAGGAGUAUGCGACCGUGCUGGAGAGGGCGAGCAGGCGCGCGGAGGCGGACGAGGCUUACAUGCUCGGCAUCGCGCGCAAAGCAGACCCUCUCGAGCGACUCGAGAACAAGCACCGCGAGUUCCAGAAACGCAUGAUGGCUUCGAUCAACCUCGCACCUCCCGUGGCGGCUGAGCCCUCCAAUACUUCUUCCUCGUCCUCAUCACGCCGCCUCGCCCUCGCAGAGACCGCCUCGUCCUCGACCUCGUCUUCCUCACGCACACGUUCCGCCCGUUCCGGCUCUACGCGCGCACGUCCCGCAGAGGAUGUCUUCUCACCUCCCGCGACCACCACGUCCGCGCCGCGCCCCAAUGGCCGCAUCCCCGUGUUCGUAGACCCCGCCGGCGACGCGGAGAACGAUCCAGAUCAAGCAUCGCCUUGGCCUGAACUCGGCACGCGUAAAGCGCGAAUCAAGGAGAACAUCCCGGAGGUGCAGAAGGCGCAGGGGACGAAACUCCGGCAACCUGGCCGCUCAGCGCGCUCAGGGAGUGGCACCUCGAGAAUCGCAGUGUAUCGCGAUCCAGCGCCGAGCGGGAGCGGGGUGCACGAGGAGAUGCCCCCGCCGCAUGCACCGAGUGGCAAGAAGGAGAAGGGGAAGAGCUCGAUCCCGGUGUUCAGGGAUGAGGAUGCUGGUGAGGGGAGCGGCUCGGCCGGUGCUGCGCCGAAGAAAGAGAAGGGGGAGAGCUUGCUCGCUGUGUUUAGGGAUGAGGAUGCUGGUGAUGCGAUGGGAGCACAAACUGCACCUGGGGGGAAGAAACCGGACAAGGGCAAGAGCUCGAUCGCUGUGUUUAGAGACGAGGAGCAGUCCGAGAAAGGGACACCUGAGGUGCCAUCGACACCCAGUUUCACUCCGUUUCGGGAUGAUGAGCCCGCCACGCCGAGCUCCUCCAACGUACCUGCUAGCGUAAUGAAGCCGCGGCGGGAGGCGCUCGGUCUCACUGAAUCUGAGGCUCUCCGGCGCGACCCGCUGAAGAACUACGCCCCUGAGGAGAGGCCAGAGGAAGACUGAGGGCUUAUUCAUGCGAGGAUCUCACCGGUUGGUUUGCUAGUAUCUGCUCCACUCAGUGCUUAGACGUGUACUGCUAUAUGAUGAAAGGUCAAUUGAACAGGUUAUCCGGCGACUGGAACCACAAUCAUGC